AUAAUAAAUUAAUAUAAUAAUAUAAUAUAUUUUAGUUCAACAGUUGUAGUGUUGUACAGACGUCGUGGUAACUGGUAGUGUGUCGUACUGCCGUUCACGUGAAAGCCUAACGCCCAGACCGAACUACGCACCACGGCGCGCUCUCGCACCGACCGCAGCUAACGCCAAUCAUCAUUGUCGUUGUCCGGCAACCGCUGUAACGCACGCCGCUCUUGGCUCUAUCGCUGUUAACACUUUACGUAACCCCUAACCGCCUGGUCGUAGUGUCGUCGUCGUCGUCGUCGUUGGGCCUGCCGAAUGCCGAACGUUCGUUAAUUACGGUGAUGGCGCGUCAAUUGUUGGACGUGUCGUGUUAAGCACGUAUAAUUUCACUUGUGUUCUUUCGCCGUACAUUAUUUUUUGUUUGAAAUAUAACUCUGUUUUACUCAUCAUCAUAAAUCAUAAUAUUACUAUUAGGUACUGUCAGUAACGUUGCUUUAAUUUUAAUUACCAAGUACCUACAUAAUACAUACCAGUAAAAUAUAUUUUAUUUUGUACCGCCUGCUUUGAGUUAGUUUUUUCACUCGGUUUCCAAAACUCGAAUAGUACCUAUACUAUUCUAACUAUGUGAAAUUGGUGUGCCGUCAACUGUUGACAUAUGUGCUCGAUCCGUGUUUGGGUAUAUUAAUUAUUGUAACUUAUUGACUGUGUUGGUGAAAUUUCAUACCAAACGGCAAACACAAUGUUUGCAAAAGUUAGUGUGCUGUUAGUGGUCCUAAUAGCCGCGACCACAACCAGUUCGCUCCCAGUGGAUGAAAAUGAUGAUCUACUGCCUACAAUGGUACCAGACAAUAGUGAUACGUUGACUUCUGAGCAGACAACGAAACAUACACCUACCGUUUCUUUGGGAUUAGUACAUGCCUUUGUUGCAUCACUUUCUGUGAUAGUUGUCUCAGAGUUGGGCGACAAGACAUUUUUCAUUGCUGCUAUUAUGGCCAUGCGACAUUCAAGAAUUACUGUGUUCACUGGUGCCAUAUCUGCUCUUGCACUUAUGACAGUCUUAUCAGUUUUAUUUGGAUAUGCAGCAACAGUUAUACCUCGUGCAUACACAUACUAUAUAUCAACAGCUUUAUUUGCUGUGUUUGGACUUAAAAUGCUAAGAGAAGGGUUCAAAAUGUCUCCUAAUGAAGGACAAGAUGAACUUGAAGAAGUACAAGCAAAUUUACGACGCAAAGAUGAUGAGAACAAGAAGAAUAAUAAAGAUGCAUCACCAGUCACCGAGAAAGAUGAUAAAUCGCCCGCGGUUAUGCCAUCCGUGGUUGAAACUAUCAACGUGACUGUUGAUAAUAGUACUGACUUAAAGGAUGCAGACAUAGAACAACAAGCUCCAAAAAGAUGUCGAUUACGAUUCGGCAGUAAGAGUUUGUUGAUUGUGUCAAAAACUCUGAUUCAAGCUUUUACAAUGACAUUCCUCGCAGAAUGGGGUGACCGUAGUCAAUUAGCCACUAUAAUUUUAGCAGCUAGAGAAGAUGCUUAUGGUGUUGCACUUGGGGGAGUCUUAGGACAUUCUUUAUGUACAGGACUAGCCGUUAUUGGCGGUCGUUUCAUUGCUCAAAAAAUAUCUGUUAGAACUGUUACUAUUGUGGGUGGUGUUGUAUUUAUAAUGUUCGCUGUGACUGCAUUAAUGUUUGAUCCGAAUGAAGGAGAAACGUAGCCAUGAGAAUGUCACAACAACUAUUAAGGCCAUUGCAAAUGCUCCAGUAUCAGAGCUCAGCAUACUUAGUUCGUCUGUGAUAUUUAUAUUUCACUACUGUUAUUUUAGUGUAUGCUUUCACUCAAGUGUAAAAUUCAAUAAUAUUUGUUAAUUUUUGUAUUAUUGAUUUAUUUAUGUUUGUUAUAUUUGUAUAAAUAAAGUAUUAUUAAUGAGAUUUGCCAUAAGGUAUAACAAUGUAUAGUAUAUAAUAUAAAGAUUGAUGAUAAUAAAAUUGAUAUAUUUGCCUAA